UACAAACAAAAAAGAAAAAUGUCGAGUUUCCAAAAAUUCCACGAAGUAUGGCAUGAACAACUUCGAGAACUAGUGCAACAACUCAACAAAGCACCAAGACCUGCCAUAAACCAAGAACAACAUGAGUUGCACACACAAUUAAUCCAAAAAGUCACUUCUCAUUACUCCGAAUAUAAUCGAGUUAAGUCGAUUGCGGCAAAAAAUGACGUACUUUGUGUUUUUAAUGCCCCAUGGUCUAAUUCUCUUGAGCGGUCCUUGUACUGGGUCGGCGGAUGGCGACCCACUACUGCUUUUCAUAUUAUUUAUACUGAAUCGGGCAUCCUUUUUGAGUCUCACAUAUUUGAUAUUCUGAAUAGUCGCCGUAACGGCGACCUUGGGGAUUUAUCCCCUAAUCAGCUCACUAGGUUUAGUGAGCUUCAGUGUGAAGCUAUCCAGCAAGAAAAUGCUAUUACCGAAGAACUCUCAGAUUGGCAGGAUAGUGCAAAUGAUAUAAUGGGAGAUAUUGAUAAGAAGAUGGAAAGGCUGGUUGGAAUAUUGGAGAGAGCAGAUCAACUGAGGCUGAGGACCAUAGAGAAUUUGCUGCACCUUUUAACUGCCCAACAAGCUGUGGAGUUCUUGAUUGCUGCGGCACACUUGCUCUUUGGAAUCCAUAAUUGGGGAGUCAAUCACGACCGUCAACGACCAAAAGGAUGAUUAGCUUU